AUGCCAUUCUAUCCCAUAAGUGGAGAUCCCCGGACAAGGGCGGUGAGCAAACGUACGACGACAUUCGGAAGCUUCAGGCGGACGCGGCAGAGCUCCGGAAAGGAGUUCACGCACUCACCUCUACGAUUCCCGCGGAUUCCGGCCCUGCCGACGUCCUUCCACUCCUAUACCACCACCCAAAUCUCUGCGACAAGAUCAAAAGCCUGCAGGAUUGCGCGGGAGGCGGGGUUCCGACUCGUUUGGAUUGACUCCUGCUGCAUCGACAAAACGAGUAGUGCGGAGCUCUCGGAGGCGAUCAACUCGAUGUACGAGUGGUACAGGCUUUCGGACAUCUGCUACGUCUACCUGGAGGACCGCGGAUGGACACUGCAAGAACUCGUCGCCCCUGAACGAGUCGUGUUCGUGACGGAGACAUGGAGCUUUUUGGGCACGAAGAUUGGGCUGGCUCAUGUCCUGGAGUGCAUCACUGGCAUCGAAUUCGACAUCCUGACACACCGAGCCCCCUUGGAAUCUGUCAGCGUCGCGCGACGGAUGUCGUGGAACGCGGAUCGGCAAACGACACGAGUCGAGGACCGUGCCUAUUCACUAAUGGGCCUCUUCGGCGUUCACAUGUCUCCGAUCUAUGGCGAAGGCCACAACGCAUUUCUCCGCCUUCAAGAGGAGAUCAUCAGGACCGUUCCGGACCAAAGCAUCUUCACCUGGGGCCGCGGCUGUACGCUGAGGUCUCUGAGCCGCACCCGUCCCUCGCACAAAGCCUCAAUUGGCAGGGCUGGUUUUCACGGCCUCCUAGCGCAGUCUCCGGACGACUUCAGGGACUAUGGUGGUGUUUCUGUAAUUUCUUCCGCAGUCUUUGCGUCGCGUCUCCGCCUCGCGAAUGAGGAUCGCAUUCCGCCCCUACAUUGCAUAUUCACCCCCGAACGCGUUCACGCUCAGUUCCUGUGCGUCGACCUGUCGCAUAUCCCACAACUGUUCAAGACUUUCUUCGCCGAGGUUCCUAUGGAGGUUUGCGAGAGCUGCAUGCGGCUCGGUCAUGCCCAUGCGCUCGCCCUCCUACAAUGCGAAGACGUCGACGACUAUCUUCUUGCCCUACCUAUCUGCCAUUCUCGACGCUCGCUGGAACCGGCGGUCGGACUAGGCCUGACCAUUGAGACCCAUAUCUCAUGCGAUGACGAGAAUGUCGAUCAUCGGCCAUUCCACACGAUUGGUCUGACCAGAUAUGCGCUGGAAGAGGCCCUGAAGCACCUCUCGACGGACCCCGUUGAGGACCGGGCAAACGAAGUCACCUUUAUCGUCCCUCCUGACUGCAUCGAAAACCUCAACGCGCUAGGCUUCGCAGUCUCCCCUCUGCGAUACAAGCCAAUUGAGCGUUCCGGAGAGAUCAUCGUCUCCCUCACGCUCUUGUCGGUUCCCGAACAUCGUCUCUGGGUAAAGGGGCCGCAGCAGAGCAUCCAUAUCCGACUUUCCCUCACACUCUUAGAGCCUAAGACGAGGGUACCUCAUUGGGAUGUAAAGACACGCUUCUCGGUGAUCAGCCGCAUCGGAGUCCUCUCCGAGGCAUCACUUAUUCCUGCCGACUCUACUUCGACCGCGUCUUCUGACGUGGUACCACCCUUCCCCAACUCCCUUCCUUGCGUCGUGGAAGGCUCGACUCUGAAGGAUGAUCACGAUACUUUCCGCAUGGAAGAGACACACUCGGAGUCACAGUUUAGGUCUCGCUGGUCCACAGAGCGUACCUUGGCCAACGCCGAGUUUGUCCUCCAUGCGGACACAAAGUGGGAAGCGGAUCUCAUUUCGCGUCGCCUCCUGCGGCUUGCUUUGGAACGCUCCCAGGAGAGUGCGACCCGGAACAUGUGCAAGGACGUCUGCAUAGUUGUCGACCUCUCCGACGCGUAUCCCCACAGAAUGCGCCGAAACCCCGACACCUCGGACGACGAGUCCAGUGACAGUGUUCCAGACCCGGAGACAAAUAAUAGGAAUGACGAAGAAGGUUCCCUGAUUUCCUCCGGAGAUCCCGGCCGAGCGGCGUCGAGUCCGCAUGCAACGUAUGAGCUUUCGACCGCUGUGGCAAUCAUCCCUCGGACAACAUCGUCGGAGCCAGUAGAGACUGCAGGAGACAGCGUGGUCGAUUCCGUGGUCAACCUUUCACCGCGCACCCUUCCUCCACAUUCUAUCCCCUCGCCCCCCUCUGUCCCUCAACAAUACGAUGGGACCUAUCUCCCCCUGACGCCCGAGAGAGACAGCGGAACAUCGGCUCCCGGCACCUGCAACGCCUCCCCGUGCGUGAACUCAAGGGCCGACCGGGGGGACAGCGGCGUGUCGUCGAUGUUAUCCAGCGCCGUCGUGGCUAUGACAUGUGGAGGUGUUCCCCUGGGACCAGCGCUCCCUGACCCUUCUUCCCCACAAGUUCGUCAGGAUAGCACUCAAGCAAUCACGUCAGGGGAAGCCGUGACGCCAUACAGGAGCGCACAGAGUGUGGUCGACAUGCAGGAGGAGAACGCAGUACUUCGUGCCACGCUAGCCUCUCAAAACACCGUCCUGUCCUCGCGCAUCACCGAGUUGUCUUCCCAAAUGGACGCCAUUCUCGCUCGACUCGACACUGUGACUUCCGGCCCACUCCAAGGUGCGCAACGUUCUUAA